AUUUCCCUGGAGCCGCCCACGCCUAAGCUUACAGGACCAUGGCCGACCUUCAGCCGAUCCUCAACAUCCCGACGCACCAGCUGCGCAAGUUUUUCAGAUUCCCGCUCAGGGAGGCUGCUGCGCGCUUGCACUCGACCGAAGGCGCCGUGAUCCACCUUUGCCGCCGGCGCGGCUUCACCAAGUGGCCAUACCGCCAGCUCACCUACUUGAAACGCCAGAUGCUUUCCCUCAGAAACGCCAUUGCCCAGGUGGACGGGCCGACGGUCAUGGCCGCGGACCGCCUCGCGCAGCUGAAGGGCCAGUACAAGGAGAUCAAGUACUGGACCCAGGGAUUGUGAGUAGGGGUCAUUUUCGUCUUUAUAUCUUGGUGAAUACUUCUUGUCGUAAUCUGAAGUGUUUUCAUCUGCUUGACCAA